CUGAGAGCGGCAGGCGACCGCAGCUGGGAGUGGACCGUCCUAGGCUUGGGCAGCAUCACCGCCUAGGAACACAACUAGUAAGGAGGUAGUCCGUUUGAUUACCACCGGUGGCGAAGGCGUUCCGAGGGAUUUCCCGAGACAAACCUCCCCUAGGUCGUUGGCCGUCGUGGGUUCUUCCUCCUCCGAUAUAACUCGCCCGCCGGAAAAUCCAGUCCUUUCUUCUUACGGCCUUUCCCCCCUUUCCCUUUUCCUCUCUCUUUUUCCUCCUUCCUAGUUUCCCAUCCAACAAUUCCCCAUGUCAGAUAUGGGACUCCGCGAUCAAGCUACUAUCAGAAGUGACUCAGGGUAUGGGGACGACGUUUCCGAGGCGGCGCACGAAGGCGCCGACGCUCAUCCUUUGACUAUGAAAGGAUAUGACAUUGGACCAGCUUCGAAAUUGCAGGUUGGCGACGUGUUCGAGUUUCUCUGGGCUGACGCUCCAGAGUUUGAGUGGGAGUGGAAAUGUCUCGGAUACAGUCGAUUUAUCGUCUUGCGCCAUAGCGACACUUUCCCACACCAUUGCGCUUGCAUACCGAUAUCCGUGGGUGGCAAGCACGAAUUCGCCAAGCCCGGCAUCGAUCACUUCCAGCAGGGCUACAUCUUCGCCAACGGCGACCCGACGCCAGGAAUUGACCAGGGAGGCACGGGACAGCGGCUGCCUUACUCGCCGGUGGGCAUCGAGCUGCGCCCCGGCAAGCUCCGGGUGAAAGAGGACUCGCGGGCCAACUACGCCGACAUCAUCGAGAUCGACCACGACGCGCAGGUCAUGGUGGUCGGGGACGUGGUGCGCUACUUCGACCGGGUCCGGCGGAACGUCAACAAGGCCUUCAUGCGGCAGAUCCUGCGCCGGGCGCUGGAGGAGUACAAGGCCCGGGUGAGCGAUGGCCGGGCGGAGGGACCGGUGCCUAGGUCGGCGGCGACCUCGGCGAUCGACGGCGAUGACGGUCAGAUGAGCGCGUCGGAGAGCCUCCCGCCCGACAGCGCGAGCACGUACAGCGGGAGGAGGCGCAGGAGGAACUCGGGCGGAUCGCAGCGGCCCCGGCCCGAGUCGCGCGUCAGCAGCACGAAGUUGCCGUCGGGAGGCCACGGCGGCGAGUCCGACUACGACACGAGAUCAAUGCAGAACGUUGCGAUGGCCGGGUUUAAAUGACGGAGUGACAUGAACGCGAAAGAACGAAAGGGAAAGAAAAAAAAUACCCCCAGGAAAGACAGACGAAAUGAUUUGGGACCGGGAUCCAUGAGACGGAAGAUCCCCCCCACUGGCAUGACUUUUUUGUUGUUUUU